AUGGCGGCAGGUGGCGACAGUGGAUUGGAAGGGUUAGGAGGACCAGGAGUGCAGCUUGGAAGUCCUGAUAAGAAAAAGCGCAAAGCAAAUACACAGGGAUCAUCAUUUCCUCCUCCAUCUGAAUAUGCUCCACCGCCGAAUCCAAGCUCUGACCACCUUGUAGCUGCAAAUCCGUUUGAUGACAACUACAAUACUGUGUCUUAUAAACCACUUCCUUCAGGAAAUCCAUAUUUUAGUAAUCCUGGUUAUCCGGGCUUUGGAGGCUAUAACACUUUCAGAAUGCCGCCUCACAUGCUGCCCAGAGUGUCCUCACCAUACGGUGGUUCUUAUGCUCUCAGAAACCAGCCGCACCCCCUUCCUCAAAACCCUGUGGGAAUGGGUUUUAGCCGACCCCACUCCUUCAGCUUUGGCCCACAUGAUAACCCAGGUUUUGGGAACCAACCACCUUACAGCGGUGGUCAGAUAAAUCAGAAUGUUGGUAUUCCUGGUCAACAUUUCAGAUCAAAUCCUGCUGAGAACUUUGGUCAUUCUAGUCAGAUACCUCACCCUGAUGUGCCGACUAACUUUGGUCCUGGAAAUAAUCCAAAUUUCCCAAAUUCUCAGCUAGAUUCAAACCAUUCUUUUGUUCCUCCACCAAACUCUUACAACCAGACAAAAUCAUCGGCACAAAAGCAAGACUUCAGUCAAGGUGCAAGCAAAGCAUCCAGCCAGAACACUGCUACUCAUCAGCAUCAUCACAGGACAGAGGACAUUGUGAGUCAAGGUAACAGUGACCUAAAAAAUGUUACUCGAAACAAUGUGGUAAACCAGGAUAACAGCCAUUCUAAUAGUGCUGAUAACACUAAUACUGGUCAUUCAAAUGGGACUCAGAGCAAGUCCCGCCAGCCUCGAGGUACCACCGAAGGAUGCAAUUCUGAAAAAGGCAGCAAAACACCCCUUCAUCCCAGUCGUCAUGGUCACUCAUCCACUGAACCUGUCUAUCCGUGUGGGAUUUGUACACAUGAAGUUAACGAUGACCAGGAUGCUAUCUUAUGUGAAGCCUCUUGCCAAAAAUGGUUUCAUCGCAUCUGCACGGGCAUGACUGAGUCAGCGUAUGGCCUUCUCACAGCAGAAGCAUCAGCAGUGUGGGGUUGUGACACGUGUAUGGCUGACAAGGAUGUCCAGUUAAUGCGCACAAGGGAAACUGCAGGCCCCCCUGCGCUGAACACGGAUGGCUAACGACAUGAAUUGGUGAUAGUGGCUGAAAUACUUGUUACAAAGGUUUGGUCAAAUGCAAAUUUGGUAUGUCGCUUUCUGCAGACAAUCAGUUCUGUUUGAUUGCUAUUUUUUUUUUUUUUUUUUCCUUAGUCUGUUUUCAUUCAAACUUACAUCUCAAUUUUGCUAUUAUUAGUUUCAGGUGUGCAAAUGUUCUACUGUUUAAUCAG